AUGUUCGGGCGCAUUGGAGGCCAGUCGCUGCGCUGCGCGGCUCGUCGCCCAAUUGCGCGCAGAAAAGUGUGCGAUCGGCGGUUCUCUGCGCAGACUGGUGCGAAUACCACUGCUGCGUCUGCUCCUUCGCCGCUCGGGGCCAUCACAGUUGAGCUAGAUCGCAUAGCACCCCGAUUCGAGAUCCCGGCUUCCCAGAUUACGAUUCUAGAUUCACCGGCCAAUUUCUAUUCGACCUUGAAGAACAAAAUCCGGAACGCGAAGCGGCGCAUUUACCUUUCCACAUUGUACAUCGGCAAGACCGAAUUCGAGCUUAUUGAGACGAUAUCCCAGGCCUUGCGCGAUAACCCAGAUCUCAAAGUAUCUAUACUCACCGAUGCUCUGCGAGGCACCCGAGAAGCCCCCAAUCCGUCCUGCGCGUCGCUGCUUUGUUCCCUGGUGUCAGCUUACGGACCGGAGCGGGUAGAGAUUCGGAUGUUCCAUACUCCCAACUUGACCGGUCUGAGGAAGAAAUGGAUCCCUAAGCGUAUCAAUGAGGGCUGGGGCUUGCAACAUAUGAAACUGUACGGCGUUGACGAUGAGAUCAUCAUCUCGGGUGCAAACCUCUCUGAGGACUACUUCACAAAUCGACUGGACCGAUAUCACGUCUUCGAUUCCAAGGCGUUGACGGAUUACUAUGCGCGCAUCCACCAUGUGGUCUGCAGCUUGAGUUUCCAGGUCUUGCCUGAUUCUUAUAAUCACUCAGGCUACCUUCUGGACUGGCCUACCUCUAACGGCGCUCCCUCACCAUUAGAUAGCCCUCAGGAUUUCAUUGCAUAUGCUUCAAAUGUGCUCAGUCCACUCAUCCAAGCGUCCGACAACAAGCCCGCUCUAUCCCCUUCAUCUACAAGCCAAACUUUCGUAUACCCCGUGGCCCAAUUUACGCCCCUGUUGAAACCUGACACAUCCACCGAAUUUCCCGCGGUCACAAGCAUCUUGCGCCUCUUAUCUGAAGCACCUGCUUUUGCAGGGGCUCGCUGGCUCUUCACCGCCGGCUACUUCAACAUCCAUCCUGUUUUGUCCUCCCUCUUGAUUUCUAGCACAUCCACUGCUUCUGAGAAGCCUUCCACAACGCAAGGGACAGUUCUGACCGCUUCUCCAUGGGCCAAUGGAUUCUAUGGCUCCCCGGGCAUCUCUGGCAUGCUCCCUGCUGCAUACACCCACCUUUCGGCACGCUUCCUCGACCGUGUUGCCGCCGCCCAAGCCACCAAUUCAAUUCAGCUCAAGGAGUGGCGCCGCGGCACUGUCAACACGCCGGGUGGAUGGACAUACCAUGCCAAGGGUCUCUGGGUCACUCUUCCACGCGAAGAACACCCAAGUCUUACCUUUGUUGGUAGCAGUAACUACACAAAGCGAAGCUACAGUCUGGACCUUGAAGUCGGCGCUCUUGUUGUCACGAAUGACCAAGACUUGAAGCAAAAGCUCGGCAAAGAGACUCAAUGGCUUCAGGAGCACUCAAAACAGGUUUCAAGAGAGGACUUAAUGCGUAGUGAGAGGCGUGUUAGCUGGAAUGUGCGUCUCGCCAUGUGGAUUGUCGAGAAGGUUGGAGGAGCUCUGUGA